AUGCCGACCGGCGCAUCCACCUCCUUCCUCGGCCUCACCCCCCCUUAUCCCAGCUGCUCAGGCCUCCGCUUCCUUCCCCCCACAGCCGCCGCCGCCUCACCCUUCCUCCCUAGAUCCGCAUCUUUCGCUCCGCCGUUCCCCAGACGCAGAUCCAGCGCCGCCGCCGCCGCUGCCAUCCAUGCCUCCGCACUCGCUUCUGAUUCGUCAUUCCCCACCUCUCCGACUCCGCCCCCGCGCCGUCCCGCUCCGCCGGAGCCUCCCUCCACCGUGGUCCACGCGGGCCGCAGCAAGAAGAAGAAGAACCCCCAGGGCGGCGGCGGCGGCCGCAUCGAGGGAAGCGGGGACGUGCGGCGCGAGGCCAAGGCCAAGGCGCGCAUCCGCAGCCGCCGCAUGGGCGAGAACGCCUUCUACCGCCGCAAGCGCCGCGCCGCGGCCACGGGCCAGGCCGACGCCUUCACGGACGCGGAGCUCGAGAUGAUCGGGAUGGGGUACGACCGCGCCGUCCGGUUCAUGGACGGGCCCGACGACCCGCGUCUCCAGCACCCGCACGACUGGUACAAGUACGGCCGCUACGGGCCCUACCACUGGCGCGGCAUCGUCGUCGGCCCGCCCAUCCGCGGCCGCUUCUCCGACGACCGCGUCUCGCUCAUGGAGGAGGUCCACGACCACGAGGAGUGGGACCGCGUCGAGCAGUUCGACAUGUGCAAUCAGUUCACGCACCGCCUCAACGAGCUCGGCGACGCCGUCGGGUUCCGCUACUACUGGGUCUUCGUGCGCCACCCCAAGUGGCGCCCCGACGAGAAGCCCUGGGAGCAGUGGACGCUCUCGGCCGAGGUCGCCGUCCAGGCCAGCAAAGACGAGCGGCUCGACAAGUGGAGCCUCAUGGGCAGGUUCGGCAACCCGACGCGCGAGCUCAUCACGCGGUGCGCGGCAUGGACGCGCCCGGACAUCAUAUACGUCAGGCGGCCUCUGUACCAGUCGAGGUUUGAGCCGCAGGAGGAUUUCUUCAGCAAGCUUCGCCCCUUGGUUGAUCCUGCCACGGAGAACAACUUCUUGUUCGAUCUUGAGCUGGAUGGCCAGGUCAUUCGGACAACCUACUUUGGUGGCCUCUGCAAGAUAGUGAAAUCCAACCCAAAGGCUUAUGUGGACGAUGUUGUGAAUGCUUACUCAAGGCUGAGUGAUGUGGACAAGUCGCGAUGCCUGGAAUUCUUGCUCACGAACCACCCCAUGGAUCUCCUCCAUCCUUAUACCAAGGAGUGGAAGGUGAAGCUAGAGGAGCUAGAACUGGGAUGUGAUGCGCCUGAUGAGAGUGACGAUGAGGUUGGUGAUGACUAUGGAAUUGAGGUGGCUGAUUGGGUCGAGGAAAAUGAGGCUGAUGAUGUUUUGGAUGGCGGAGACGAUGAUUAUGAAGAUGAGAAUGAAACCGAUACCCAGGAGGAUUUGGAACCUGAUGAAGUUUCAAAAGAGAAUAUUGAGGAUAGCGGGGAAUACUGGGAUGAGCAGUGGAAGAAGGCUAUGAGAAGUUCUGAUAAAAUGGAGAAGCUAGUCAAGACAAGCAUUGAGGCAUCAAAUGAGUACAAUAAGCAGCAGAUGGAUCUAGAGAAAGAGAUGGAGUGGAAAAUGGCCAGAGCAAAUGCAAUGAUUAUGGAGCAGGAACAAGCUGAGGAAGAUGAGGAGGAGCAGGAGAGGACAAGGAGCAGGAGUGCAGCGGAUGGAAGUCAGAGCAAUGCUAACAGAGGGCUCUUCUUGAGGGCCGCUGUCCGCCCAUUCACUUACAGAAAUCUUGUCAAGGAAAUUGUUCUGAUGAGACACCACAUUAUUGACGGAGAGAUAGUUUAG